AUGGCAAACAAGUUGGUGGAGGAAAUCGCGCAGGCCGUCGUGCCAAUGGCUUACGCCGCGGUCAUGCCAUCCGUAGGUACCGCCCACCCUUUUGCAGGGGAGAACAUGACCUUUAUCCCGAAACGGUACUUUCUCUUCCUCUUCCAUAGUUUCAUGAUGAACAACCAAGCCAUCAUCGAUGCCAUGCCUCAACUUCCCCCAGCUCUUGCUAUCGCUCUGCUGCCGUCUACUCUGCGAGUUCCGUCGCCACCGCGGAAGACUUCCUGA